GACGCCGUACGCUCCGUUCUCUCCGGUCGUGCCGUGACAGCAGCUGCAGCCUCCUCUUCUCCUCCUCUCCGCGUCUCCGCUCGCUGCUCUCAAACCACGGGCUCCGCAGAAAAUGGCUGUUCCUCCCACCUACAUCGACCUGGGGAAGUCCGCCAGGGACGUGUUCACUAAGGGCUACGGUUUCGGUCUCAUUAAACUGGACUUGAAAACAAAGUCAGAGAAUGGUUUGGAGUUCACGAGCACCGGGUCGGCCAACACCGAGACCAGUAAAGUGAACGGGUCCCUGGAGACGAAGUACAAGUGGACAGAGCACGGACUGACCAUCACAGAGAAGUGGAACACGGACAACACGCUGGGGACGGAGAUCACCAUCGAAGACGAGCUGCUCAAAGGCCUGAAGUUGACGUUCGAUUCUUCUUUCUCACCAAACACUGGGAAGAAAGGCGGUAAACUGAAGACGGCCUAUAAGUGCGAGCACAUAAACGUGGGCUGUGACGUCAACUACGACAUCAACGGCACGGCGGUGCACGGGGCGGCGGUGGUCGGGUACGAGGGCUGGCUCGCCGGGUACCAGACCACGUUUGAGGCCGGGCGCAACAGAGUCACCCAGAGCAACUUCGCCGUGGGCUACAAGACGGACGAGUUUCAGCUGCACACCAACGUAAAUGACGGCACAGAGUUCGGUGGGUCCAUUUAUCAGAAGGUGAACGACAAACUGGAGACGGCCGUGAACUUGGCCUGGACCGCCGGGAACAGCAACACUCGGUUUGGGAUCGCAGCCAAAUACCAGAUCGACCAAGAAGCCUCGUUCUCCGCCAAGGUGAAUAACUCCAGUCUGGUCGGCCUCGGCUACACUCAGACUCUCAAACCUGGCAUUAAACUGACCCUCUCCGCUCUGCUGGAUGGAAAGAACAUCAACGCCGGCGGCCACAAGCUCGGGCUGGGGCUGGAGUUUCAGGCGUGAACAGGGACCGCACUUAACGCACUCAUUCCCACCAAAAAAACCCCCGAAAACGUCCCCCCUCCCCAAACUCAGAUUAGCGCUAGCCCUCACCAGCCAGUCCCAGAGCCCCAUAGACGUGCUUUCUCAGUAUACUACGAAGCACCACUUAUACGAAGGAGCGGUUUAUUUAAGACGGAACAUUUUAGCCCAUUUCAUAAGCCCGGCCGGAAGUGUAAGGGAAAUAUUAGGGAUGCACAGAUGCAGCUUUUUCUGCUUCGAUACUAAAGCAGAGACUGAACGUUUGCCGUUUGUGUUUAACAGAAAUAAAUGAUAAGCUAAAAAUGAUCCAGAUGUGUUUUGUGACAGAACAGCUUCGUAAAAAUACAAGUUUAACAAUAUUACGAGAUGUUUUGGGCCAGUAAAUCGUCUUAUUAUUCCAGUUUAUGGACCAAAAUGGUAUAUUAGCUGAACCGUUAGCUUGGAAACAGAUAUUUGAUUCACCAAAAUGUUCAGAGUCGGCGCCAGUAUCUCAUCAGUGCAUCCCUAGAAGUUACGCCGCUGACACAAAAAGACAAAAGCUGGAUUUUCCCGAGAAAUUAUUAUUAUAACUGCAGUUCCAAAAGUCUCCACUAGGGCAAAGAAAAGUGUAUAUAUUGAGAUAUAUAUUGAGUGAUAUUUGUCGUAAUUAUCGCGACGGGACCAUUUCAGAACAAAACGAGUGGGGAGAAUAGUACAAGACAAAUUCAAAUCCGUCAACGGGACAAAAAGUUGUAGGAGUGAAGACGUUUGGAGGAGCUAGCGACGCUGAAGCUAACACCGCUGUAGCUUCAGUGUAGUUAGCUCCUGGUUUCAGACAGAUUUAAGGCAGUGUCCAGCUGUAAUCUGACCAGAACUGAAGAAGCCAAACGUCUUCACUCCAACGACGUUUUGUCCAGUUACAGAUUUGAGUGGACGACUGAUUGGGAAAGUGUGAAAACUAUAAAACUUUGGAACACUAUGUUACAUUCAAACUCCGUGCGUUUAAACUCAUUUCAUUCUGAUGCAACUGAAGGACGAGUGGUGAUUAUAUUGAAACGCGUGGGUUUCAGAUUCGAUGUUUUGAUGCUGUUACAGGGCGGUUCAUGCACUCCGGGGUCGACGAGAGCCGUGCGCGUGUCUGCGGUUGGCCGUAGUUUCCUGUUUCCAGAUGUAUUUAAUGUGUCUUUGUCUCGUGUGCUUCUGUCGAUGUUUUGUUGAAAAUAGGCAAAUGAACAUAUUUUCUUGAGUAGUUUCUUUCACGUGUAAAGUCUUACACUCUGUCACAAAGACGAGCGCUCGUUCACCGGUGGAGUUAAGGGUUGAGUGGACCUAGAAUGGCGGUCUUCCACAGGUCAAUGGAAAAAACACUUAUAUUUGACACUGUUGUCAUUCCCUAAAUAAUAAAAAAAAAACAUCUUGAACCAG